GAAGUGGGUGAAGCUGGGUCCCCGGUUCUUGGCUCCGUUGACGGUGGGUGAUCGCCGAGUUGGGUGGUCCUCGGUGCUCGCUGCGGCGCGGCGAGGUUGGGUCGCGUUUUUGGGCCGCCGUGAUUCGGCGUGGCUCCGGGGAAUGCGAGGGGGGGUGGUGAAUGGAGUUGUGGGUCUUCGGCAGUGAAGACGAGGGGUGUCGUUUGGAUGUACGGGGGUGCCGCAUCUGGCGUGGUCGAAUGGAGUUUCGAAAUUCGACCUCGUUUUAGUGCGGAUUGAUGUCUCGUUGGUUGGAGAAAAUGCUCGAUAGAAGAAGAUUGGGUUGUGGGUCUGCAGGGUUUUAUCUUGAGCUUAGAGGCUACAAGCUAAUGAUUUGCUUCCCAAUGGAUCAUAAAUUUCAUUCAAUAUGUCAGCUGGAGACAAGAAAGUUGCUAUGGCUCGUGGGAAUAUCAUUUGCUAUGGUUCUAUUGCUUCAGUCUAUCGAACUUCCACGUGGGAACGUCCUCGGAUCUCUAUUUUCUGCAAUCAAGGUUCCGAUUGAAGGGGAUAUUGUUGAUGUGGAAGAAUCGCCAUUUAUAUCAGAUAUGUCAGGUAAUAAGACACUUUCAAAUGACUCGGACACAACUACUGCUUCUACCGUUCAUGAAGGAGUGGAUGACCAUGGCUUUGAAGAGAGAGGCUCAGUUUUGUACAAUGGCACUUUACCAAAGAGUAAUACAGUCUCCAAUGAAUCUUAUGGUGUAAAUAACUAUACAACUGGUGAUGAGAAGUCAUCAAUAGAGAAUCAAGUGGGGGUAAAUGGAACUACCGCGCCCAUUGCCAAUAUAUCAAUCGGUGGAUAUGCACCGGAGGAAACUAUGGUGCCUGACAGUAAUGAGAGGCUUUCUCUAAAUAGUUCUACUAUGUACAGUAACUCCUCAGCUGCCAAUAAGAAGAACAAUGUCAAAAUACCUGAAAAUGAUGAAAGCACAGUUAGUUAUAUAGCUCCCUCACCUGCACGUGCAAUUCCACCUGUAGAUUCAUCUUCGAACUCCGCCUCAUCAAUAAAAGAAGGCCCCCAUGUGACAAUUUCCAUUCCAUCAUCUGUUUCCAAUACUUCUUCGACAGAAGUAUACUGGACUCCAACUCCUAAGCAAGAUGUUAAGUCUAACCAAAUGCAGGGUGAUGUCUCCUCAUUAAGUGACAGUUCUCCUACUGCUUCCAUUCACGAUAGGUAUAAAACACCUCAGGCACCAACACCAGAAGUAAUUACAAUAGCAGAGAUGAAUGCUUUAUUGCUUCAAAGCCGUGUUGCGUACCGGUCAAUGAAGCCACAGUGGUCUUCAGUAGUUGAUCAAGAAUUGUUAAAAGCGAAAUUGCAAAUUGAGAAUGCUCCCAUCAUGAGUGACACAAGCCUGUACGCCCCUCUUUAUCAAAAUGUUUCCAUGUUCAAAAGGAGCUAUGAAUUAAUGGAAGAGAUGCUCAAAGUAUACAUUUACAAGGAAGGACAAAAGCCAAUUGUACAUCAACCGGUGCUCCAAGGGAUAUACGCUUCUGAAGGAUGGUUUAUGAAGCUACUGGAAGCAAACAAGAAAUUUGUUACUAAGCAUGCUAGAAAGGCCCACCUAUUUUACUUGCCAUUUAGCUCUCGGAUGCUCGAGGAAACCUUGUAUGUCCCCAAUUCCCACAGUCAUAAGAACCUUAUACAAUUUUUGCGAAAUUAUUUGGAUGUUAUCAAGGGAAAGCACCCAUUCUGGAAUAGAACCGGAGGAGCAGACCAUUUUCUUGUAGCUUGCCACGACUGGGCCCCAUCUGAAACAAGGAGAGUUAUGGCCAGGUGCAUAAGGGCGCUCUGCAAUUCUGAUGUCAAAGAAGGCUUUGUUUUUGGUAAGGAUGUCUCGCUACCAGAAACCUAUGUGCGGUCAGCUCAGAAACCUCUCAGAAAUCUUGGAGGCAAACGCCCUUCUCGGAGGUCAAUCCUGGCUUUCUUUGCUGGAAACAUGCACGGAUAUGUUAGGCCGAUUCUAUUACAGCACUGGGGCAACAAAGAUCCCGACAUGAGGAUAUUCGGUCCCAUGCCCAACGACAAGGGUAAUAUGAACUACAUUCAGCACAUGAGAAGUAGCAAGUACUGCAUAUGCGCGAAAGGUUAUGAAGUAAACAGUCCUAGAGUUGUGGAAGCCAUCUUCUACGAGUGCGUGCCCGUGAUCAUAUCCGACAAUUUCGUGCCCCCGUUUUUCGAGACUCUGAACUGGGAAUCCUUUGCCGUUUUUGUACUGGAGAAGGAUAUCCCAAACUUGAAGAACAUACUCCUCUCUAUCCCGGAGAAAAGAUACCGGCGGAUGCAGAUGCGGGUCAAGAAGGUACAGCAGCAUUUCCUUUGGCACAGUAGGCCAGUUAAGUACGACAUCUUUCAUAUGAUACUCCAUUCGAUUUGGUUCAACAGAGUGUUUCAAAUUAACCCCAGGUAGAUAUGGUAAAUUGAAAGAGAUGUACAUAAGUGGUUCGGGUAGUGGAUUUUCGCGAGAAAUGUACACUGUACAGACAUCCACGCUCUAUUUCCUUCCUCAAUUGUUUCCCAGUUAUUCAGUCAUCAGCUGCGCUUGCGCACAGAGUAUAUUACUCAUUGCCAAUGGAGCAUCCACCAAUAAAGAUCAUUUAUUUCAUGCCUGUUCGAUGUAAACACCGAAGGGUUCCUCUUCUUGCGCGCGUAUCGGGUCAAGUUAACGACGGAAAAAACCGCAUGUGGGGGCGAGAUCGAAACGGGUUCCAAGGAAAGAUACAGAAGGGAGCAAUCUGGUCAUGUGUUUUUGUUGUACCAAACUGGUGAUCUGUUCCUUAGAGAAAAGCACGGAGGAGAGACGAACAAUGGAGGAUGAAUGCUUUAUUCUUGUGCUUUUGACC